AGGACGCAGUUGCAAAUAACACACAAGGCACAAACAAUCAAAGCGUGUGAUCGGUUGGCACAUCCUCUCUUAAGAGUUUUCCCGUCAAUCGAUCACAUACAAAUAUCACCAUGGACAUGAAGAAGGUUGCCUUUGCCGUCCUUGUUGCCGCCGUCUGCAUGACCGCAGUCAUGGCCGCCAGUAAGCCGCCACAACCUAAGGCAGUUGUAGAUGUUCCCCCCAAGACCGGUGAUGCCCCUGCCCCGGCUCCUAAGGAAGCUAAAGCUUCCGGCGACACCACUCCUAGUCCUUCCCCUGUUACCGAGGAGGGUCCUGUCACCUCUACUGGUAGCGCCGAAUCUGGUUCGAAUUCUAUCACCACCCUUCCUGGUGAUGCUCCUAACAGCCCUAUCACUACAGAGGCACCUGCACCUGCACCUUCCUCCGCUAACACCCUAGUUGGGUCCUUGGCCGGAGCUUCACUCGUGUCUUUCUUGGCCCUUUACAUGUAAAUGAGUACUCAAUCAAUACUAGAGGAAGGAGGAUAGGGGAUGAAGGCUAUAGGUCUUGUUUGGGUUUAAACACAUAAUGCAGUCCUCCAGUUUUAUAUUAAUUACAGUUUACCUUCUGAAUUAUGAUGGCAUUUUCCAAUUCAUAC